CUACUAAGGCGAAAGGGGGCUACAAACAGUGGAUAAUGUCAGAUGCCCAGCUCUCCCCUUCUGCCUGAAGCUCCUCUCAGGCUGCACCAGGAUUGGUCUCUGUAAGAAAUAGCAGGAACUGUGGUAGCGGCGGCGAGAGGAAGCAGCUGAGACGCGUGGAACCUGGAAAAGUCUGGGUGCUCGCUGUUACCUCACAACGAGGUCCCAGCCAGGAGUCAGCACCAUGGACAGCAGCACCGUCCCCACGAACGCCAGCAAUUGCACUGAUCCCUAUUUGCACUCUUCAAGUUGCUCCCCAGCACCUAGCCCGGGUUCCUGGGUCAACUUCUCCCACCUAGAUGGCAACCUGUCCGACCCAUGCGGUCCUAACCGCACGGAGCUGGGCGGGAGGGACAGCUCGUGCCUUUCGACCGGCAGUCCUUCCAUGAUCACAGCCAUCACCAUCAUGGCCCUCUACUCCAUCGUGUGCGUCGUGGGUCUCUUCGGAAACUUCCUGGUCAUGUAUGUGAUUGUCAGAUACACCAAAAUGAAGACUGCCACCAACAUCUAUAUUUUCAACCUUGCUCUAGCAGAUGCCUUAGCAACCAGCACCCUGCCCUUCCAGAGUGUCAAUUACCUAAUGGGAACAUGGCCGUUUGGAACCAUCCUCUGCAAGAUUGUGAUCUCCAUCGAUUACUAUAAUAUGUUCACAAGCAUCUUUACCCUCUGCACCAUGAGCGUCGAUCGCUACAUCGCAGUCUGCCAUCCCGUCAAGGCCCUGGACUUCCGUACACCCCGCAAUGCCAAAAUUGUCAAUGUGUGCAACUGGAUCCUCUCUUCAGCCAUUGGUUUGCCUGUGAUGUUCAUGGCAACAACGAAGUACAGGCAUGGUUCCAUAGACUGUACACUCACCUUCUCUCACCCAACCUGGUACUGGGAAAACCUGCUGAAAAUCUGUGUUUUCAUCUUUGCCUUCAUCAUGCCAGUCCUCAUCAUUACAGUAUGUUAUGGACUGAUGAUCUUACGCCUCAAGAGUGUCCGUAUGCUCUCUGGCUCCAAAGAAAAGGACAGGAACCUGCGAAGAAUCACCAGGAUGGUGCUGGUGGUUGUGGCUGUGUUCAUUGUCUGCUGGACUCCCAUUCACAUUUACGUCAUCAUUAAAGCCUUGAUUACAAUCCCAGAAACUACAUUCCAGACCGUUUCCUGGCACUUCUGCAUUGCUCUAGGUUACACAAACAGCUGCCUGAACCCAGUCCUGUACGCAUUUCUGGAUGAAAACUUCAAACGAUGCUUCAGAGAGUUCUGUAUCCCAACUUCCUCCACCAUUGAGCAACAAAACUCCACUCGAAUUCGUCAGAACACUAGAGACCACCCCUCCACGGCCAAUACAGUGGAUAGGACUAACCAUCAGCUGGAAAAUUUGGAAGCAGAAACUGCUCCAUUGCCCUAAGUGGGUCUCAUGCCAUUCAGACCCUCACUGAGCUUAAAAGGCACCAUCUCUGUGGAAGUAUGUCGUUGCAGGAACAUGUGGGAGGCUCUAGUUUCCUAGGAAAGUGCCUGCUUCUGAGUCAUCAAAACUUGAUCCUCUGUGGCCACUCCACUCUGCACAUGAGAGGGACAUCUAAACUAAGUGAAGUGCUGGGAAAGAGAGAACUAGACCGCACUGAAGAGUCCGGUUUGUGUACAUAAUCCCGAGGAAGAUGCUCAAUAGGACAGAAACACACCGUGGUAUGUGAACUGAGGUCAUCCUAGAAGGUGACCCCUUUGUGUGUAAUAUUUUGUUUGCAAGCAAACAUUGAUGGCCUCAUCAAAGAAAACGCCCAUCAAUUGUUAAAUUCACCAUAGCGACAUGAAAAGUAAAUGCUACCUCUGAUCAAAGGAC